AUGGCGAUGCCGCCGAGCCGUCCGUGGGCGGAGCUGCAGCACGACCUCCUGGUGGCGAUCAUGACCCGCGUGGGCGCGCCGGACCUGCUCUCCGGCGGCGCCUCCCGCGCCUGCUCUUCGUGGCGGUUCGCGGCGCGGGACCCGCUCGCGUGGCGCCGCGUCGACCUCCGCGAUUGGGUCGCCCUCACCUCCGGCCGGCGCGCCGCGAGACCGGGACACUCCAGCUCUAGCGUACCCGUCCAUGCAGCGCUCUUCCGCAUCCUGGAGGUCGCCGCCAAGUCGGCCGAAGGGCGGAUCGAGGCCGUGCUGCUCCCCGAGUUUGCUGAUGAGGACCAUCUCUUGUUCCUCGCUGACAGGUGUCCAAACCUGCACUAUUUCAGCCUUCCUAGCACCUGUAUGACUUACGAUCAGUUCUGUAAGGCGAUAGGUGGACUUCAUUCGCUUAAAGGCAUGGCAGUGGAUGAGACUCUGAUAAAUUAUGAUGUCCUCCUGCAUGUGCACCAGUGCUGCCCAGACUUUGUGGAGCUGAAGGUGUCUGCACUGUACGUGGAUGAAGAGAUGGCCUCAGUCAUCUGUAACUCUCUUCCUCAUCUGAAAAAGCUGGAGAUACCAAGUGCCGACAUGUCUUCCGCUGCAAUAAUAAAGUUCCAUGAUUGCCUAGAGGAGCUCGAGCACCUGGACAUCUCAGGUUAUGAGACAUCAGCCAUCUCAAGCUUGGUUCUUGAGAAAGCUUCGCGGCUCAAGGUCUUCCUCUGGAACUCGAAAUUCGAGCUUGGGGAGUUCAUGGACUGCUCCAACGACUGUAGAGAGCACAACAUUAACCCUCAAGAACCCUGCAAGUGCAUGAUGGAGCACAAGGUCAUGGACUGGCUGGCUGGACCUGCACAGGCUUCCUGA